AAAGACUUAUAAGAGGGGUGAUGUCCAGGUGGAGCAUCAUUCAGGUGAGCAUUCACAUGCCAGCGUCUCCACCCUCCAGUGCCUCAGGAUACUUCUUCACUGACGCCGAAACAGGAGUACACCUCCGACUUGUCAAGGUACAGAAAUCCCCUUCCAUGUGCUCAUUCACUGGGGGUCUGACUGGGUUUAUUUGUCGUUUGCUGUCAUAUGACUGUGUCAUCAGUGUCAGAUAAGUUAGAGAAGUGUGUGUGACCGCUGCUUCCACUUCUCUGUUCAUGAUGGGAGUUUUGAUUCUGGUUUGUCAUUAUUGUGUUGUCUCUUUCCAGAUUGUCCUUUAAGUAUGUUGGCAGAAAUGCAGACGAUGGCUUACGUGACCAAUAUCAGGCUGAGCGGAGAUCGGGGGGCCUGGAGCGGAGCGGCUCCCUCCUCCUGCCCCGAGGUGGACCUGGAGGUCAUCGAGGAGUACCUGCAGGAGCACUCGCUGGAGGUCCAGCCUGCGCACGCACAUUCAUCCGCCAUGGGGCAACAGACGCACACAAACUCCCAUCAGGGAACCAGAAUCAUAGAGAAUAGCUGGUCAGGUCAGCAUCCGUAUGAGUGGCACUGUGGCUCUCACACUCCAAAUGAGGAAUAUGAAGAUCAAGCCCUGCCUCCAGCCUGGCAUAGUCCCCAUGACAACCAAUGGGACCACAUUGCAUAUUCCUAUGAGCCGCCUGCAUACACUGACUCAGACUCGCAGUCCAGUAGCUCCCAGUACCAGGAAUACCAAGAUUCCCCCUCACCGUCGUCUGAGAGGGGGGGCAGGAAAGACUCCCUGCCCCUCGCCCCACUUUCAGGAAAGAGGAAGGAGCGGCUGUUCCAGUUCCUCUUUGAGAUGCUCCAGACGCCAUCAAUGCGUAGCUGCAUCUGGUGGGUCCAGUCUUCCGCCGGCACGUUCCAGUUCUCGUCCCAAAACAAGGAGCGUCUGGCACAGCUGUGGGGCCGGCGGAAGGGUAACCGCAAGACCAUGACCUAUCAGAAGAUGGCUCGGGCACUGAGGAACUACUCCCGCACGGGUGAGAUUCAGAAGGUGAAGAGGAAGCUCACCUACCGCUUCGAUGAGAAGACCCUGAGAGGCCUUCAAGGACACUCUAACACUGUGUGAGGACUGUGAUGGAGGGUGUAUGUAAGCAGAGAAAUAGAAUAAGCACAAUGGAUAUUCAGAGGAAAUCACUGUGGUUCUCUCAUCAAUGUUCCCUUCUGCUGAUUUUAAUUUUAUAGUCUGCAGAAACAAAUGAAUACUGAGUAUUUGAGAAGCCAGAAGAUGAAACACUGCAGGUCAGAGGUCUCUGCAGAUACAGGACCAUACAGGAGAUGGUAUAAGGAAGGACCAGGAAAUGUUGGUGGUGAUGCAAAGAAGCAAACUCAUUGUGUGAAAAGUCAGCUGGUGUUAAAAAAUUCUGUAAAUCUAAAAGGUUAUCACAUAAUAUCUACUUUAUAAGUAGAACUUAAGUCAUUCUUAAGAUAAAAGUUGUGGUUUUCUGUUUUUUGUGAUAUUCAGCAGAUGCAAGAUAAUUUUUUAAACUUCUUAAGAAAAUUAGAUUGUGUAAACAUGAUCUGUGUGUGAUCAGUCUGAACAUAUCUUUUUUUAAGAUGAAUAAAUGAAUUUGGAAAUAUUUUCAG